AUCUCCCCGCGCCGGCCGAGGCGGGGCAGCGACGGAGGGAGGAUGCUGAGCCGCCUGCAGGAGCUGCGCAAGGAGGAGGAGACGCUGCUGCGGGUCAAGGCGGCGCUGCACGACCAGCUCAACCGCCUCAAGGUGGAAGAACUGGCCCUCCAGUCUAUGAUCAGCGCCAGGGAAGAGAAUGUGACAGUAUCUUCAGCGGGUUUACUGGAGGAGCAUCAGAAUAUGGACAAUGAAGCAGAGAUUAAUCAAACUAAACUGCAGCUGCAUGUCGGGGAAGAGGAGGAGGAGGAAGAAGAGGAGGAAUCAGACUCCUAA